AUGGGUUGCGAAAGGACCCACGUAGGGGACCGGUGCCAGUUCGAAAACCCUUGCUACCAUGCAGAAAUCUGCCAAAAUGAUGGUGAAUGCGAAGUCCUGUUCAACAGCGACGGGAGUAAUCCCUAUUUCCACUGCAAUUGUCCUCUGGGGUACGAACUGAGUCUUUGCGAAGGCGAAGUGGACAAUGUGUGUAAGCUUGAGGAGCCUUGCCAGAAUGGCGGUACCUGCCGCCUCACCACGUCGCUGUGGGACUACGAAUGCUACUGCACACCUGCUAAUACAGGUGUUAAUUGCACAGAUGACAAUCACUGUGUUAGUAACCCGUGUCUGAAUGGAGCCGUUUGCACAUCGUCCAGUGAUGGCUACUCCUGUGAGUGCGCACAAGGAUUCCAGGGUGACACGUGCAACAACGACAUCAACGAAUGCACAAGACCGAAUGGUCCCACGGUCUGCUACAACGGUGGGACGUGCUUUAACCAGUACGGGGGGUUCCGGUGCGAGUGCCCUUUGGGAUUCACAGGAGACCAGUGUGAGUUAAUCUACGAGCCGUGCUCGCCAGACCCGUGUAGGAACGGAGGUCAGUGUGCCUCAACUGGACCGUACACCUUUACCUGUACCUGCCAAAAUGGAUUCACCGGAGAAACGUGUGAAUUAAACCUGAACGACUGCACCCAGCAUCAAUGCUCGAAUGGUGGGACAUGCAUCGAUGGAGUCAAUGAAUACACAUGUUCCUGCCUCAAAGAGUUCACAGGUACCUAUUGCGAGAUGGAUUUUGAUGAAUGCGAUACUGCAGUUGAUCCCUGUUUCAACGGUGGUACUUGCAGCAACACCUAUGGUAACUUCUCCUGCAUAUGCGUCCGGGGAUGGGAGGGGCAAACAUGCGAGGUCAACAAAGACGAUUGCACCCCUAACCCUUGCCAGUUUGGAGGAGAGUGCGAGGACAGAGUAUCAUCGUUCAAGUGUACCUGCCCGCCCGGUCGUACAGGUCUUCUGUGCCAUUUGGAGGAUGCAUGCAUGAGCAAUCCAUGCCAUCACACUGCACAGUGCUCCACCUCCGUGGUGGAUGGUUCUUUUAUCUGCGAUUGUGCCACCGGUUACCAGGGUUUCAAUUGCUCAGAGGAUAUCGAUGAAUGCAGCCUACUAAGCAUGGAUUCUACAUGUCAGUCGGGUGGUACGUGUCAAAACUUUGAUGGUGGGUGGAGUUGCUUAUGUAGCUCUGGCUUUACUGGAUCCCGCUGCGAAACGGAUAUUGACGAGUGUGACGACGACCCAUGCUACAAUGGAGGAACGUGCUUAAAUAAAAGGGGUGGCUAUGCGUGUAUCUGUCUCACAGGUUUCACCGGCACUCUGUGUGAGAUUGAUAUCAACGAAUGCUCCAGCAACCCUUGUCUGAAUGGGGCAACGUGCACCGACGCCACUGGAAGGUUUGAAUGUACGUGCCUGGACGGGUACUCCGGGACCACUUGCCAGGUGAACAUUGACGACUGUCUACCGUCGCCCUGCGAGAACGGUGGAACCUGCAUCGAUGGGGUCAAUCAAUUCACUUGUCUGUGCGAGACGGGUUAUGAGGGUCAUCGAUGCGAAAUGGACAGUGAUGAAUGCGUAAGCAGACCCUGUAUGAAUGGAGGAGUAUGUGAAGAUUUAAUCGGAUAUUACCAAUGCGAUUGCCCAGUCGGCACCUCAGGAGACAAUUGUGAGUACAACCACUAUGACUGCAGUUCCAACCCCUGCGUCAAUGAUGGCACGUGUGUGGACGGCAUCAACGAGUACACUUGCAUGUGUCAUGAAGGCUACAGAGGACUGAAUUGUGAGGAGGAUAUCGACGACUGCGAGUCUCACCCCUGUCACAACGGAGGUACGUGCGUGGACGAAGUCAACGGGUAUCACUGUCUAUGUCCUGUCGGCUAUCACGACCCCUUCUGCAUGUCCAACAUCAACGAGUGCUCCAGCGAUCCUUGCGAUAACGGCGGAUCCUGCCAUGAUGGUGUCAAUGAAUACAGCUGCGAAUGUAUGGCCGGGUACACCGGUACCCGGUGUUCGGAUGACUUCGACGAGUGUUCCUCCAACCCGUGCCAGCACGGCGGUACCUGCGACAAUAGACACGCUUUCUACAACUGCACUUGCCAGGCAGGCUACACGGGCCUCAAUUGCGAGGUGAACAUUGACGACUGUGUCGACGAGCCCUGCCUGAACGGUGGAAUUUGCAUUGACGAGGUGAAUUCUUUCCAGUGCGUGUGUCCGCAGACAUUCGUCGGACUCCUGUGUGAGACGGAACGGUCGCCCUGCGAAGACAAUCAGUGUCAGAAUGGAGCUACUUGUGUGUACUCGGAAGACUAUGCAGGAUACUCUUGUAGAUGCACCAGUGGUUUCCAAGGCAACUUUUGUGAUGAUGACCGCAACGAGUGCCUCUUCUCCCCCUGUCGCAAUGGAGGCUCUUGCACGAACCUUGAAGGAUCCUUCGAGUGCUCUUGUCGUCCGGGUUAUGAUGGACCCAUCUGUGAGAUCAACAUAGACGAGUGUGCUUCGGGACCCUGCACCAAUGGUGGAAUCUGCACGGACCUCAUCGACAACUACUUCUGCUCCUGUCAGCGGGGAUUCACAGGCAAGAACUGCCAGAAUGACACCGAUGAAUGCCUCAGUUCGCCUUGCAGGAACGGCGCCACCUGUCAUGAAUAUGUAGACAGCUACACGUGUUCUUGCCUUGUUGGCUUCAGUGGCAUGCAUUGCGAGAUUAACGAUCAAGAUUGUACAACUAGCUCUUGUCUCUAUGGUGGUACCUGCAUCGACGGUGUCAACAGCUACACCUGCGAGUGCGUUACCGGUUACACUGGCUCCAACUGCCAGAUUGAGAUCAACGAAUGUGAUUCGGACCCCUGUGAGAACGGGGCCACCUGCCAAGAUCGGUUUGGUUCCUAUUCGUGCCACUGUGAUGUGGGUUUCACUGGCCUGAACUGCGAGCAUUUGGUUCAAUGGUGCAGCCCUCAGAACAAUCCAUGCUACAACGGAGCUACCUGCGUUCCAAUGGGCCACCUUUACGAGUGCCUCUGUGCCUCCAACUGGAUCGGAAAGCUCUGCGAUGUCCCCAAGGUGUCCUGUGAUAUUGCAGCCUCGGAUAAAAAUGUAACUCGGAAUGAACUUUGUUUGAAUGGAGGAACAUGCAUCGAUGCGACGAGCAGUCAUUCCUGCCUUUGCCAAGACGGCUACACGGGAUCCUACUGUGAAGUGAAUAUUGACGAGUGUGCUUCGGCUCCAUGCCACAACGGUGGUACGUGCACAGACGGAGUGUACAGCUACACUUGCUCAUGCCUGCCUGGGUUCGAGGGUCCGCGAUGCCAACAGAACGUCAAUGAAUGUGCUUCCAGCCCCUGUCACAAUGGCGGUCAGUGCCACGACAUGGUCAAUGGCUACACCUGCUCAUGUCCGGCUGGAACCCAAGGCACGGACUGCUCCAUCAACUUGGACGACUGCUACGAAGGAGCAUGCUACCACGGGGGAGUCUGCAUUGACCAAGUAGGCACGUACACCUGCGAUUGCCCCCUUGGGUUUGUCGGCCAGCACUGCGAAGGCGACGUGAACGAGUGCCUAUCUAACCCUUGCGAUCCUGUUGGAAGCCAAGACUGCAUUCAACUUAUCAACAAUUACCAGUGUGUCUGCAAGCCUGGUUAUACUGGCCAAGACUGUGAGCAAGAGAUUCCCAACUGUCAGAAUGAUCCUUGUCAGAACAACGGACUUUGCUUACCAAGUGAUGAAGGCUAUUACUGCGACUGCCUCAGAGGGUUCACCGGUGUCCAUUGUGAAACAAAGCUCACACCUUGUGGCACACACCCUUGCCAGAAUGAAGGCACCUGCAUGGAAUAUGGCGAUGACUUUGACGACUACACCUGCAUGUGCCCCUCUGGUGUCAGCGGCGACAACUGUGAGAUUGACUACAACGAGUGUGCUUCCUCGCCCUGUAUCAAUGGAGGCACCUGUCUAGACGAGUAUGGUCAGUAUCGCUGUGACUGCCCGGCAACAUGGAACGGCCGCAACUGCCACCUGUUAGAUCCAACAUUCGCAGGAGGCAUUGGCAUGGACCCAGAGAUCCCAACCGAACCUCCGGUGACGAUUCCUGCCACUGUGCCGACAACCACAGAACCACCUAGGUGCUCUCAGGAAUGCCUUCAGAAGAAGGGUGACUACUUUUGUGAUGAUGAAUGCAACACUCAUCUAUGUGAGUGGGAUGGCAAGGACUGCUCCUUGAACCUAGACCCAUGGGAGAACUGCACCGCUGUCAACGUUCCAUGCUGGAACCGAUUUGGAGAUGGCAGGUGCGACAGGGAAUGCAACAACCAUGGCUGCCUCUUUGAUGGUUUUGACUGCGUAGAUCAGCAGCCAGAGGAGUGUGGGGAGGAUGCACUCUGUCUCGAGCGCUACGGGAAUGGAUUCUGCGAUGAGGAAUGUAAUAACAUUGGUUGUCUGUACGAUGGGCUAGAUUGCGAAGAGAACCCAGAGUUUGCCCACGGUGUUCUUAUAGUCGAUGUUAUGAUCCCCUAUGCGGAGAUGCUCACCCUCAACCGCUCCCAAAUGUUCCUGCAAGACAUGAGCGUUGAGCUGAAUACCGUCGUCCUCUUCGCCCCGACGACUGACAACAAGAACAAGAUUGAGCCCUGGGAGAAUGACCCGAGGGCCGUCCGAGCACCCGUCAGGAGAGAUGUUCUGGCCGUGAGCAGGGAAGGCAAGCUGACUGUCAAGAAGAGGCAGGCCGAGUUGAAUCCAGAUGAUGGCACGAAGUGCUUCCUGUUGCUUGAUAACUACAAGUGCCAUCAGGAUCGGCCCGGCAACUGCUUUGAAACUGCAGCAGAUGCAGCUGCAUACCUGGCAGCAUUGGUCGCCAGCCAGCUCCUCCCUAGAAGUCUACCCAUUACUGGAGUUGGAAGUGAAACUACUCCCGCUCAGACGGUCAGCCCGAGUGUUCUCAUAGCCGUUGCCAUUAUCGGAGCCUUUGUGAUUGCCGCUGCGUGCGUGAUCGCGAGGAAGCGGUUCCGAACAAACGGCACAUGGUUUCCCAGCAACUUUGUCCGCACUUCCUCAACCAAGUCCGAAAAUCCCAAGGUCACCCGGGAGUGUCCGAUCGGCAACGAGUCGCCUCCAUCUACCAUCUGCUCUUCUAUUGAUCCUGGUGAAGAUGCCAUGAAUGCGUUAGAAUGCAGAGCUGCCAAGAGACAAAGAAUCUCUAGGCUUAGUCCCGUAGACUAUGGUCAGGGCCAUACCACCUUAGAUACGGACACUCCUUGGAUGACAAUGACAAGUAAUGGGCCGCUCCAUCCCUCCAUGGCUCUGACACCUCCUCGGGACCAGGAACCCCCGUUCAUCACCAACAAGGGCCCCGACGGUCUGACCCCCCUCAUGCUGGCCGUUAUGCGUUCGAUAUCGAGCACCACCGACCAGGAAGAGGAAAAUUACGCCCACUUCAUUGAGGACCUCCUCACUAGAGGAGCGGACAUCAAUCACCGGACGGAGACAAGAGGCGAGACUGCCCUUCACCUGGCAGCGCGGUACAACCUCCCGGUUGCUGCCAGGAAGCUCCUGGAGUAUUCGGUGAACACCAACGCUGAAGACAAAAUGGGAGAGACACCGCUGCACGCUGCUGUCAGAGCUGAUGCCAUUGAGGUUUUCAGGCUGCUGAUCCAGAACAGAUCUACUCAGAUCGACGCCAAGACCAAGGCUGGCUACACCCCGAUGAUCAUCGCUGUCCGGCUAAUGGUCGAAAACAUGGUGGAAGAACUUGAACUGGCCGGCGCCGACACUGCAGCGACAGAUAACGAUGGUCGGUCUGCACUGAUGUGGGCUGCAGCUCUCAAUCACCUACCUGCCUUAGAGUUCCUCCUCAAGAAGGGUUCCAACAAGGAUCUGCAAGACAAUCAGGAACAAACGCCCCUGUUUCUUGCUGCCAAAGAGGGCCAUAUGGGGGCCGUGAAAAUGCUCCUGGAUCACGGAGCAAACCGGGAGAUUACAGAUCAUCUGGAUAUGUCUCCGAGAGAGAUCGCCAAUAGAAUGAGCCUUCAGGAUGUUGUCCGACUCCUGGACACCUACAGUAUGAUGAGUCCUGCUCUCACACCAAACAGCCACGUCACCAGUCCCAUGGACAUGCAUAACGGAGAGUUGGGCUAUUCCAACGGAGCCAAACCAAAGAAGAAACGGGGCACGAAUAAAAACGGUGAUGUGCGGGAGCGCGGGAAGGAGAAAAGAAAGGGGAAGAAGCGGCCAAGUUCGGACGAGUCUUUGCCGCCGCUGGUACCGUCGCCUCCAGAAUCGGUAGAAUCGCCUCAAGGUUAUAAUAGAACUCCACCUCCCGGAGCUAUUUAUUCAUUGCCUGUGACGACGCAGAACGUGAUGAUGCCGCAGGAUCAUUAUCAGAUGAAGGAAGUUGCGAGGCAUGGGCAAGGACCACACGUUGUAGACAUGCAUCCAAACACGAUCAUGAAUGGUAGAUUGUAUGUCCCUGGGAACAACCCCAGCCCAGCCAAGGGGUCGAUGGGAGGAGAGAAUAUGGACAUUCCAGGAGCUUCUGAUUUGGUCUCACAUACCAUCUGGUCUCCAGACCAUGCACUAAUGCAAAACCAGAGAUCGAUGCACGACCCAAAUGUUAUGGUUCCGGGGACUACGUCACAGGCCAUGGCCAUGAUCAGGCAAGCUCCAAGCACACAGGCCAUGCAACAGACCUUGAGUCCAGAGGCCCGCGACUCUAGCCCAAAACCUUGCACCAUGGUACCUAGUCCCGCAAUCUCCAACCAAUACAUGGCUUCCAGCCCUAAUCUCCCCUCUACAACCAGUCAAGCAACUCAUUAUGCCAGGGCCAACAACCCCUUGUACGCCGGCAGCCCCCACCGGGGCAAAGUACCUCAGCAAAUGCACAGCAUGUAUCAAAGCCAAAAUAGGAUGAACCCUCGUGCAUGUAUCAGUGAACUGCCGAAUGGUCACCCCAACUCACCUGAAAACUGUAUGCAAGAGUACAUGAUAAGAGAGCCUGAACUCUUAAACCCCGCCAAACAGAGCAUGUACGUGGGGAACAGCAAGAUGCCAAAUGGCCAGCACAGAGACAUCAUAUCAGAGAAGACCUCCUUCUCAAAUCCUCACAAUAACAAUGGGAGCACAGUGGACCCUUCCUGUACAUACACCAUGGUAACUCACAUGCCUGAUCACUCCUUCCCAACACCUUCGCCGGAAUCACCCAGCAAGUGGUCCAAUCCAUCUCCGACCUCUGCAUCGGAUUGGUCGGGGUCGGAGGCCAUCUCAAGCCCGCCAGUGCCCCCAAACCAGCAGCAGGUCAGCGGUCAAGAGCUGCUGAACGGGCAUGGGCAUACCGGUAGGUUACUGACUGGACAUGAUAUGCCACUCGGUAUCUCUUUGCAAGGAAGCUGCACUGAGGUCGCGUAUAUCUGAACAAUACCUGUUUCUUACUAGAUGAUAGAGACUCUACUUGAAGAGAGGUAUAAAGAGAUUUUAAAAACUGUGAAACAUAAAAGCAACAAUCCAACAUUGUCAUUAUCAGCAAGAAGUCAGCCACAGAAGUGAUCAUCAAACUAUUUGUAUUGACAUUGAAGUCCAGUACUUUGAUAUAUGCUUCCGUAGUGCUUGGUGUAAGCUUGAAUCAAAAUGGAUUUUCUGUCAUAUUCGCUUUGAAUCCUCUCCUGAAAAGCACAUUCCAAUAUUUAGUUGACCAAAUACUUGUGGAUACCAACAGAACAUUCCCAACAUUCUUUGGACCAAAAUUUUUUUUUGUACUCAGAGGAAUCCUAUCAACACAUGAUACUGGAUCAUUCCAAAGCAAAGUAAAAUGUGGCAUUAGUCUCUGACUACAAGCCUUUCAGGCCCUCUUUUCAGAUCGAACACUGUUUGGAAUUCAUUUUUUCCCCCUUUUCUUUCAUUAAAUGAGAGUCACAACUAUGCAUUUCCACCCGAUCAAAACAACUUCCAAGGCCCCUUAACCCAAGGCUUGGCGCUUGAUCACGAGACUUUUAUGAGAUUUUUAAGCUUGAUUGCAUUGAUCUAUAUGUGUAAUUAUGUGCAGAGAAAUCAGUUGUGCGAUCAAUCUCUUAGCAUUGUGUUACCAACCCUCAAUAGUGAUUGAUUAAAGGGUCUUUAGUCAAAAUGUUUUUUUUCUUCGCAAAAUAAGUAUUAAAUCCUACAAGUACUGAAUGGAUACCUGCCAUUUCAUUAAAAAAAAUGUUCUUAUUUAUGCACACAACUGUUAUUAUUGCUCUUUAUGAAAUUACCAUAUGUUAUUGUACUAUUUACAAUGAGGCUUUGUACUUGGAUUAUAACGUACUUGUAAAUGUUGACAAAGUACUUAAAAACGUGUCCUUGCACGCUGUACCUAUCUUGUUCUAUGCGUAACUACCAAAAUAUCAUUUUGUUUAUUUGUACAUGUAUAAACGUUAUGUAAGUUAAUGUAUAUUAUCGAACUGCCACAAACAUACUAUGUCAAUGCUUUUAUAGGUGAAAAUGAGUAUUUUGUUAUUAUAUAGAAAAAAAAAUAUUUUUAAAGUACCAUGUAUUGUAAAUUAGGGCAAUUAUGUACAUUGAAUGGAUUUUAUGAAUUAAUUUGUACUUGAAACAGAAAUUCUGUUUCAAAUGUUUUACAGAAUUGUAAAGGGCAUGGUGUCGGAAAAUCAUGUUAAUAAAGUGAGCCAAGAAAUGGAUGACAUGAAAAUAGGAAAAUGAUAAAGAGUAAGAAAACGAUCAAAAUCAUGUUGUGUAUUUGAUCAUUUUCUUUGAGAGAAUACCCUUAAAGUUGCUGCAUUUCUCAAUAAGUAAUGUAAUAUCAUUCAUCAGUUAAUGUCAGUAUUUUAAAAAAUGAUAAUGUUUAUAGACCCGGGGCCCUUUCCACAAAACUUGUCGUUAAGAAUUUACAAUGAUAGUUUAUAGCUACUGAAAAUCACGUUAAUAAAGUGAGUCGAGAAAUGUGAACGACAAGAAAAUAAGUGAGAUUAUAAAAGCUACUGAAAUCAUUCAGUUUGAUUGGCUGAUACUAAAGUUAUUUUAGAAAUUGGGCAUUCGUUAUGACAACAAUGCUUUAUGAAGUGGCACCCAGAAUAAGAUGAGUGUUCAUUUAGUAUUGAUUCUAAUGUUGAAACUUGGAUGUGAUGUAUAUUGGAUCGUGCCUUGUUCCCAGAUAAAACAGGCACCUUUAAAGCUGCAAGAAAAAGCAAUACCUUUAGAAGCACCUACAAACCAGCAACAGGCUUUUAUACUCUUGUUAAAAGACAAUCUUAAUAAUGUAAUGUAUCUCAAAAAGCUUUUUAACUCUACUCUUUUAAAACAAAAUAAUUUUAAAACAUUGUAAUAUAUCUCAUGGGGAUUGGGAUGAUUAUAACCAAUGUGAGCAAGUUCUGAUAUAUGAGCUGUAUACAUAUAUGUUAACUGUUAAGUGAUGUGGGUAAAAGUUUACUUAAAAGAAAUUAUCAAUUUUUAAUUGGUACUUUUGAACUGUUGCAUUUUAUACCCAAACGUGUAACAUUUCAUGCCCUUUUUUAAGUGCCUAUAUACAUGUAUAUGUAAAUAACUGCAAUUUGUACUUAAAUGCUUUUUUUUUAAAUGACAACUCUUAUUAUCAUAAGUAAGUUUUAUGAAUGCUUCUUAUGGGGUUAUUGAGUACUGUAUGCAUCAGUCAUUUAAAGGUGGUCAGAAGUAUUUUGUUAUCUGUGUAAAGUUUACUGCAACCUUGUUUUGUAUUCAAACGAACUCCCUAUUAGAAAGUAUGAUUUUUCUUUUUUUUUAUAAGCGGUAAAACUUACGCGGCUUUUUCACACUAUGACCGUGGAGUGGUGGUUUUUGUAUAUUUGUAUAUGUAAAUUAUGUUAUAUUAUAUAUAGUAUCUCAUAUGUUUUGUAUCGCUGUUGUAACUUUGGAAAUUUCAGUACACAAUGUAGUUGUUCAGAAAGUACUUGUUGUAAAUGGUAAUGUACAUGUAGAUGAUGAAAAGGUGGAACUUAUUUAUGCAGAAAUGGGCGUCUUUUGAAGGCAUUUAAUAUUCUUCACAAAUUAAAAGUAGCACAGGGUAGAUCAAUAUGCAUUUUCAUUCAUAUAUUCUUAAAUCUACCAAAAUAUCUAUGGUAAUUCCUUUUGUAUCUCUGUAAUUUUUCCCCAUGAAUAAAAACUUUAUUUCAUAACAUGUUUAAACAAGAGAAUCCAGUAAAUAUGAUUUAAAAUUGAAAUUAUCAAUCGAUAAAGUUGAUACCUUUGAAAGAAGUGGUCAUUGAAAAUGUACAUUUAUAUCCCGAAAAUUGUUCUUUAUACACAAACAUACUUGAAAAGACGUUAUAUUCUGUCAAUGUUAGAUAAUUUUUUUUUUUUAAUCAUAAAAUUUGAAAAGAUGGAGAAAUCAAGAUGAAAUCUUAUCCAACAUACUUGUCUAUGUCAUGAUAGCAGGUUAAUUCCCUCAUGCUUGUAACAUUUUGGAAAUAUUUGAAGAUGCCGAAGGACAAUUCCAAUUUGUAGAAGUGGCUUCCGGUCAGUCUCCAAGAAUCACACUCUAAAAUUCACUACAUGUAAAGGGCUCUUGCCUUAUUUACAAACACAUUUAAAUUGUACUGGAAAGAAGUAGGGAAAAUGCACAUACUUAUGUUGUGUAAUGCACAUGACACUAACACAUUUUCCCUAUAACUGUUCAAUACAAUUUUGUGAAAUUUACUGUGUAUGUAACUUAUGGUACAUGUGUCUGAUUAAUUCAGCAAGGAUUUUUUUUAUACUGUAGAUUUAAAGUGUGAUCAUUGGAACAGUAUGGAGUGUUGUGUCCGUUAUGUGGACUUGCCCAUAAUUUCAAACGUGCCUUCACUGCCAAUAUAUAUAUGUAAUACCUGUCAUUUUGUGUUCAUGUUUUUGUGUUGCAUUAGAAAUGCACCCCGGAACGUGUAUUGAUGUUGAAUUCUGCUCCCGACGUUCUGUUAAUGCUAUAUCCUUCCACUCGUUUAUUCAUAUUUGAAAUUUAGUGUUCAUUUCAGUAUUUUAGAUACAAUUCAAAUGCAUUUUGGUAGAGUACAUCCGAUUUUGUAACUUUCUAGGAAUCCCUUCCAACAUCGUUGAAUAUAUUAUUGUUAGAACACAAGUGCAUCUCACCUGGCAUGUUAUUAUUAUAAUCUCACAAAAUUCACCACAUUUGACGGCUGUGUAUGAGCAGAAUCAUGUUUUUGCACUUUCAUUGAGCUCUAACUUACAUGGAAUGUUUUAUGUCUUCAUCACAUUUAAAAAAAAUAUGUACUUGGUUCUUAUUGAGAAAUAUUUGGUGGACAUUUGCCAAAUUUUUAAAACAUAACAUCUCAUUUUUAAUACAUGCAGUCAUCCAUUUUUAUAUCAAACGAAAUAGCAUACAUGUUGAGGAGCUGUUAAUUUGCUAUGUUUUAUUGACAUGUUAGUCGGAAUGACAUUUUCCUGAUUGUAUUGUUCCAAACUUUUUUAAUUGCCAAAAGAGAAGUGUUGACAAUGAUCCUUUUUAGUUAGGAUCUUAUUCCUUGAAUCCUGAAGAAGUUGAGUUUUGAUCUUUAGACACCUUGUUCGAGAUAUUAAAUCUAUAUAACUUUCUUUUUUAUGCUACUUUAGAAUUGUAAUUAAUGACCAGAUUUUGUGUUAACGGUUUAUUUCACCUCGUUUCAGAACACGUUGGAUUUUGACUGCUGUGUCUUGUGGAGCGUUGUGGAGCGUUGUGGCCCAGUGGAUUAGUCUCCGGACUUUGAAACAGAGGGUUGUGGGUUCGAAUCCCAGCCAUGGCGUGAUUUCCUUCGGCAAGAAAUUUAUCCACAUUGUGCUGCACUCAACCCAGGUGAGGUGAAUGGGUACCUGGCAGGAAUUUAUUCCUUGAAAUGCGUGUGCGCUGUAAUCUUAGUAAUUACGGCUGCCAAGCUACAGCUGGGGUAAUAAUAUCCAAGUCCUUUGGAAGCGCAUAGAGACAUUAUUCAUAAUCGUGAUAUGCGCUAUACAAGAACUGUUUAUUAUUAUUGAAAUCUUUCAAAUCUGAUAUGUUAUGAAAUAAUAUGAUUCUAAUUGACACAAGCUCAGAUCUCCAGGCCAUAAAUGGUUUGAAAAUAUGUAAUUGUACUUUUUCUUGAAAUCCAUAAUUGUUUGUUUUCUGCUCACUUCUGUGUUUAAUCUCCUUUUUUCACCGUAUUUGAGGGGUGCAUGUUGUAUCCAGUCUUCUGAGACGAAAGAUUGUUGUUCACUCUGAUUGCCAUACACCAUGUUAGAUGGUGAAAUGUUCUUGUUCAAAUAUGAUUAUGAUUAUCUUAAGCCACUCAUUUUGUUAUUACAAUCAUCUAUCUUAUUUACCUAUAUUUUGUGAAGGGUUGUCAAUAAAGUAUCUGGAUAUUCAGAUGAUUUUAGAAGAAAGCUAAAGAA